CAUUGCCAAGCAACCGCGCAAGGUCCACAAGUAGCCAAAAGAUGGAGGCACAGGCCAAGGCAGGUGCUAGAGGUGCCAGGGGCGGGACGAAGGUGGCCAUGGUGUACUACUCCAAGUACGUCAAGACCCAGAACAGCCCUGCCGUGAGUAUUGGUAUAGCACAGCAGCUCGAGUCUACAGCCGCCGCCGUCGUAGGAGUAGCAGGAGGCGGCGGCGACGCGGACGUCGACGAGAGGGCGUCGGCUUUCAUACUGGCAGUCCGGGAGCGGUUCAGGAACGAGAACAAGUAUUAACCUAGCUAGCUCAUCCGGUGAGGAAGCUCCGGAAGAGGUUAAUAUUUACAGCAAUGUCUUCCGGGUCGCCAUGGACGAUGUGUAGCUAGGUAAAGAAGAAAAAAAAAAGUAGCUCUUGAUUGCGUGCUAUAUACAUGCACCUUUGAUGUCUCCUCUUCCCUCUUUCUUUAGGGCCGCCUACGGUUGUAUGUACCUGAAGAAUGGAACAAGUGAAAAAAAAAUUAACUAUGCAUGCAUGAGAGUUCUACGUUUAA